AAAAAAAACCGUCCCAAUUCAAUGUUUUGAUUACUAUAAAGAAAUCUGUUUUUGUCCUUGACUGAUAUAGAAGGUGAACAAUUUAUUUAACCGGUCGGUUUUAGCUUCAAAUUGUCUGGUGAUCGAAACAUAAGCGGUUUGAAUAAUGGCAACAGAAGUUGAAAGUACACCUUCCGAAAUUUCCUUUGUUGACACUGCUAGUGUUUUAGCUAAGCCAGUGGAUGAGGUUGAAUUGUUCGGACGUUGGAGUUAUGAGGGCUUUGAAGUGGAUGAUUUAUCCUUAGUGGAUUACAUUGCUUUACGAGAUCGUGCUUGUGUUUAUGUUCCGCAUUCAGCAGGACGUUACCAAAUGAAACGAUUUCGUAAAGCUCAAUGUCCAAUUGUUGAACGAUUGGUUAAUUCCUUAAUGAUGCAUGGAAGAAACAACGGAAAGAAGCUUAUAGCCGUUCGCGUUGUGAAGCAUGCUUUUGAAAUUAUUGAAAUUCUUACUCAAGAAAAUCCUAUUGCCGUUUUGGUUGAAGCUAUUAAAAACGGAGGUCCUAGAGAAGAUUCGACUCGUAUAGGUUCAGCGGGUGUUGUAAGACGUCAAGCAGUUGAUGUGUCUCCAUUACGACGUGUUAAUCAAGCCAUCUAUUUAAUAACAACGGGUGCACGAAUCGCUGCUUUCCGAAGUAUUAAAACAAUUGCUGAAUGUCUUGCGGAUGAAAUAAUAAAUUGUUCUAAAGGAUCUUCUAAUUCUUAUGCAAUUAAGAAAAAAGAUGAAAUUGAAAGAGUUGCUAAAGCCAAUCGUUAAUUUUCAUGUUUUUUGUGCAAUUGUUUUAUAUUAGCUAAAAAAAAAAAUUUGAAAAUGCACUGGUAAAAAUAGUUAACGUCCGUGUAA